AUGUUCUGCGAAAAGCGUCCAACAGGAUCAUCGUACUCGUGGCGAUGGCACUACAGACUCGACAAGUUUCGUUUUAACUGCGCCGCUCAACAGUCUCAAGGCCCCAGCGACAUACCCAGCAGAGACGUGCAUCACAAGGCUUCCAUUACGAUUUACUUCAUAACCCAUUGCCGUGCGAGGAGUCUGAAUUCCAUGGAUAGAGGGGUCAUCACAUUCGAUAUCGGUUUGUCGCUCAGGCCGAUCACCACUGUCUGGAUACCGGCCAGCUUCAGGAGAAUUGAAAUUUGCCGCUAUACCCCCGUUGAUAUUCGAGUUGCGGGUGGAUAG